AUGGAUUGGAUAGAAGCUUUGGAGAAUUAUUUUGAGUGUGAGGUAGUACUUCCAAGCCAAAAGGUGAAGUUGGCAAAGUCAAAAUUGAAGGGGCCAGCCCUUAGUUGGUGGAAUUUUCUACAAAAUGAGAGAUUGGAAGAGGGAAAGGAGGUUAUUUCCACUUGGACCAGAAUGAAGGCAGAAUUGAAAAGACAGUUUGUACCGGAUGAUUAUGAAGUGACCCUUCAUAAGAAGCUUCAAAAUUUGAAGCAAAAAGAUCUUGAUGUGAGUACCUAUACUCAAGAAUUUCACAAUUUGACCUUGAAGGCCAAAAUGUUUGAAACUGAAAAACAAAAACUUGCAAGGUAUAUCAAUGGGUUGAAAUAUAGCAUCCAAGAUGAAUUGACACUGGUUAGUGUGGAAUCAGUCCACAAAUGUUUUCAGCUUGCCCUCAAGAUUGAGGAAAAACAAAAAAGAAGAGGAGAACAAAGUAAGGGAAGAGGAAACUCAUUCCGUGGAAGAGGUAGGUUCAAUGGGAGAGGAACUUUUCCUAAGUCCCAAGGUGAAAGCAGCAAUCAAAGUGCUGAUAAUGAUGCUAGUGGCAGAGGUUCAUUCAGAGGAAGAGGGUCAAAUAAUGGUAGGGGCAGAUCAAGAGGAAGAGGCCCUAAUGUGUUCACUGGAAGAUGCUUCUCAUGCAACCAAGUUGGGCAUCAAUCUUUCAGAUGUCCACAAAAGAAUGACAGCAGCAAUCAAGGAGAUAGAAGGGUACAAUUGAUUCAUGAAGAGGAUUGCCAAAGCAAUUCAUCAUACCAUAUAGUUUCAUCCAAGCAUGCUGAUCCAGUACAAGGAGAAACUCUUAUGUUCAAUAGAUCGCUGUUGGUACCACUCAAUAAGGAGCCAGCACAAAGGAAAUCUCUAUUCCGGACUACUUGCAAAGCAAAAGGAAGACCAUGGCAAUAUGAUACUAAUGCCCAGCAUGAUGGGAAAACCAAUGUGUUCAAUAUAACUAAGGAUGGAGAAAAUUUCAUAAUGACACCUUUACCGGAUGUUGCAAAUAAUUCAAUCUUGCAAAGUAGUGUUAUGGUUGUCAAAGAAAAAGAGUUUUUAGAAGGUCUUAAGGAAGAGAAUCCUCCAUGCUUUGCUGUUGUAAUCAGACCUAAGGAAACUAAUUGUGAGGGCAGGGAAUUGAAUUUAGAAGCCAAGGAAAGUACUUGUCCUAAGGUUGUAUUUGAUUUGCUGAAUAAGUAUGAUGGUAUUGUUGCUGACAGUGCUCAUGAGUCUCUUCCACCAAAGAGGUCAAUCAGCCAUUGUAUUGAUUUGAUUCCGGAUGCUACAUUACCAAACAAAGCAACCUAUAAAGUAACUCCCGAACAAAAUGCUGAAGUUGCACGGCAAAUCCAAGGAUUGUUAGAAAAGGGUUACAUACGGAAAAGUAUUAGCCCAUGUGCUGUCCCAGCAGUCCUUGCUCCUAAGAAAGAAGGAACUUGGAGGUUAUGUACAGAUUCUCGAGCCACUAAUAAGAUUACUAUUAGAUACCGGUUUCCCAUGCCUCGGAUAGAGGAUCUCAUGGAUUGUUUAGGUGGUGUUAAAUACUAUUCAAAGAUUGAUCUUAAAAGUGGUUAUCAUCAAAUCCGGAUACGUGAAGGGGACGAAUGGAAAACUUCUUUCAAAACUAAUGAGGGUUUGUUUGAAUGGAUAGUUAUGCCCUUUGGUUUAUCUAAUGCUCCUAGUACUUUCAUGUGUUUAAUGAAUGAAGUGCUGAAACCUUUUCUUCAUCAAUUUGUUGUUGUAUAUUUGGAUGAUAUUCUGAUUUUUAGUGGCAGCAAAGAGGAGCAUUUACAACAUUUGGAUCAGGUCUUGAGGAAGCUUCAUGAAGAAGGCUUGAGGAUAAACUUAGAGAAGUGUUCCUUCAUGCAAGAAGAACUUGUGUUCUUGGGUUUGUAA